GUGCAAUGAGCCCUAUCUCCCUAAUUUUGGCUUAUUGUUGUUUAGAAAGAAAAUUUCAUGUUUGACUGACCGAUUGUUCUAUCCACAAUUGUUAACAUUUUUCCAAAAAAAAAUUUAAAGCUCACCCAAAAAAAAUAUGGCGUCUGUGAAACAAGAGUACAUCUCGCUGCCUCUACGCCUAAAGACUAGCGAUGGCGUGAUAGGUCGGCUGCAGAACAUAUACUUUAUCUCAUCAUGUGUGAUAACUACCGUGGCCAAGUAUUACUGGUACGGACCCGUCGUCAAGGCCUGGGAUUUACGGUUCCAUGUUAUCACAAACAUCCUGCACCGCUAUCUGUCCGAAUCGUUGCCCCACGACACGCCCAACAAGCUGUCGGAGAAAAUAGACUUUGCAUACAUUGCCGACUACAUCGACAUGAACAACCUUCCUGCGCGCCCGCUGUCGCCAAGCAUUGGGCACAACGAAGAGUACGACAUCAUAGUCGAUGCUGAGCUCUGCACCGUAUACGAGCUGCCGCAGUAUGGAAUCUCGGGCGACAAGCUCAACGCCAUGGCAGAUGACGACCGGAUUAGCGCCCAGAAGGGCCAGCCGCGCACGAUCUCAUGCCAGAUAGUGGUUGGCUCUCAGGUCAGCCUGUGCAACGCAUGCAAGGUCCCAGCCGGCAUGCAUAAGCAGCCCAAGCUGAUGGUCCCCGAGCCGCUGUACCCCAACGAGCGCAUAUUUUUCCACUUCCACGGCGGCGCCUACUGUGUGGGCGAGCGCAGCCUGACGCAUAUCUACGUUUACGCGCACACGAGCUCGGUGUCGGGCCUGCGCGUAUUCUCCCCCAAUUACCGCUUGGCCCCACGCAGCUGCUUCCCAAGCCAACUGCACGACUGCUUUUUGUCAUAUAUGGAUAUCUUGCGCCGUGGGUUCAAGCCGGAGAACAUUAUUCUUUCUGGUGACAGUGCGGGUGGCGCUCUGGCUGUUGCACUGCUGAUUAUCCUGCGCGACAUGCAUCUGCCCAGGCCCGCCGGCGUUGUUCUCAUAUCCCCGUGGGUCGACUCGACGUGCUCGGGCGCCUCGUGGGAUACAAAAAUGAGCCUCGACUACUUGCCCUCGUUCCCAUUGGAAGACCCAUUCCAUCCAACUCGCAUGUUUUACGCUGCGGGAAGGCGCUUUUCGCAAGAGAUGCUGGAAGAGCUCAGGUGCCCAUUGGUAUCGCCCAUCUUUGGCGACCUCAGCGAUAUGCCGCCGAUGCUCAUCCAGAUGGGCCGCAACGAGCUUCUUCACGAUGAUAUUAGCGAGUUUGCUGAAAAGACCAAGCUGCACGCAGAAAAUAUCGUGAGGCUGGAGGCCUACGACAAUAUGCCCCAUGCCUUUGUCUUACUGGACUUUACUGAUGCCGCGCAGCAGGCCUUUGCCAGCGUCAACAACUUUGCGCGAGAGGUAUUUGAUGGCGAAAAUAAGAAUGUAUAAUUAGAAAUAAUU